UCGAUAUUCGCUUUGUUAUCUUUCCUUAACCACAAUUUUUACGAUUUUGCUAUUCAGUAACCCAUUUCAUUACGAAAAUCGACAAGACAAAAUCAGCUGUUUGGUUAACCUGUCGAUUAUCGCGAACUAAACGACAAUAAUUUUGGUGUUGUUAAAUCAAACGUUAAAGAAGAUUUAGUGAUUUUAAUCAAAACUGUGAAAUUAGAUGAAAAAAAACUUAUUUAAAAAGCGUGAGUAUGGCGUUUGAGUAUUUGGCUUACGAUUUAUCGCGUGGAGAGGAGGAAGUGAGCCCUCAAAUAGUUGAUCGAAGUUUGCUCCGGCAUGUGGACAAUCCUUUCGAUUUGGAUGCAGGGGAGUUCCAGAAGUUAUUCCGUUUAACUCCAGACUUGACUGAGGAAGUAGUUUCGCAGCUUGACAGUCAUCUUAGAGGUUCCAGAAUAACAGCGAUUUCGACUGAAAAACAGGUUCUAGCUGCACUGCGAUUUUUUGCAACCGGGUGUUAUCAACGACCCGUAGGUGAGCAAUGGGGAAUAUCUAUGAGCCAGUCGUCCGUUAGCCGUAGCAUUCAUCGGGUAACAGCUGCAAUCAACAGCUCCAUGUUUUGCGCAAAGAUAUGUGAUCCUACCCUUAAAAUUUUAAACGUAAAUGCCAAAUUUCCGGGAGCACGGCACGAUUCAUACAUUUGGAGUUCCUCUGCGGUGCGAAUGGUUAUGCAACGGAAUUUUGAAAUUGGAAACCAUAACUUGUUUUUGAUUGGUGAUUCCGGGUACCCUUUGGAGCCUUGGCUGAUGACUCCUCUAACAAACCAACCGGAAGGUACUCCGAAAUUCUUGUACAAUGAGGCAUUGUGCAAAGCUCGUAACCCAGUUGAGAGACUUUUUGGUGUUCUUAAGGCAACGUGGCGGUGCUUGUCUCAACAAAGGACACUCUUGUACGAUCCAGGAUUUACUGGACAAGUAGUUAACGCGUGCUCAGUUUUACAUAAUAUUCGUUUAAGAGAAGGAAUAUACCAGACCGAAAAUGAAUUCACAGAGCCCAGAACAAACGACAUUUUUGUAAACCAAGAUGCACCAUCCUCAACAGCAAAGCGCAUCCAAGACCGACUGAUUGCUAAUUUUUUUACUUAAAUACUAUUUUCACUCAUAAUCAUUCCGCAUACAUAUCUAUGUGAACACUCGGGUAUAAAAAGUUAAAACAUUUUCAUAUUUAUUGUUAAAACCUUUUAUUGAACAAAAUUACAUGCAGAUUCAAUAAAAACAAUUCAGUCUUUAACUUCAGUUUACAUACAGUUUUAGGUUACAGGCACAUAAAUCUAUUUAUGUAUAUAGGUAUGCAUAAGCGUAUGUACACAUGGUUUAUAAAUUCAAAGGUCAGUCUAUUUGUAAAAACGAAAACAAUACAUUCUAAUUCAUUUAAUUAAUGUUACUUAACAUUACCACAGCUUGUUUACUUAUAAAAUUCAAAUAAAAAG